CUGUGAAUCAUCUUUCCCAAGAUGGCGCUACACCUGUUUCUCCGGCGGUGAUCCUGGUUGUCGUCUUAAAAACAAACCGUUCUGAACAGCCAGUUGACAAACCUUAGACGUAGUUAAACGGCUGGACUCAACAGGUAUUUUACCCCCCCAACAAAAAUGUCCACGGAGGAGCUGUCGGCCUCGGACAGCGAGGCUGCCUUCGCGAGCGCAGGGGAGCGAUGGGCACCGGUCGGGGCCGUGGCCACUCCCGAGGAUGAGAGCGGGAGCGGGAGCCACGGCCAGCCGAAGCAGAGAGGCUUGUCCUCGGCCACCGAUGAGGAAAUGGCCGCCCGGCUGGAGAAGCUGGAGGGGGAGCAGGACCUGCUGAACUCCUCGCUCCUCGCGCUCACCUCCCACUUCGCGCAGGUGCAGUUCCGACUGAAGCAGGUGGUGCACGCGCAGACCGGGGAGAAGGAGAGGAUGCUGGCCGAGCUGGAGGAGUUCGCCUUCAGGGGCUGCCCGCAUGUGGUGGGCUGCCGGGCCCAGGACGCCAGCCAGCUGGAGAACUCGGGAGAUCUGACGGAGAGGGAGAAGAGGGAGCGCCUGGAGGCUCAGAGGAGGAAGCAGAAGGAUCUCAUCUUCCAGCUGAAGACGCAGCUGGACGAUCUGGAGCGCUUCGCCUACCAGGAGGGCAGCUACGACUCGCUGCCGCAGUCCGUCGUCAUGGAGAGGCAGAAGGUCAUCAUUGACGAGUUGGUCCAGAAGCUGGACGUGAACCUGAACGAGGACAUCGGCGACCUGUCGCCCGAGGAGCUGCGACAGAGAGUGGACUCGGCCAUCGCUCAGAUCGUGAACCCGGCCCGGGUCAAGGAGCAGCUGGUGGACCAGCUCAAAACGCAGAUCCGAGACCUGGAGAUGUUCAUCAACUUCAUCCAAGAUGAAGUGGGGAACCCUCUUUUAUCAGACGGUGGACUCAGCCAGCAGCCGCAAGCAGCCGGGACCAGUUCCAGGACUCCAGGAGGGAAGAAGAAAGUGGACCCGGAACAGGUACAGAAGAUCCGCCAGACGGGCCUGCAGCUGAUCCAGAAGGCCCUCGCCGUGCUGCAGAUCUUCGCCGCCAGCCAGUUCGGCUGCGCGCCGGGCCACCUCCCUCGCCACAUGUGGCCCCAGGAGGAGUCCACGCUGCAGGACUACGGGCCCCUGCUGCAGCGCCUGGAGGCCGCCGUGGACAAGGUGCGCGCGCUGGGCUCCUGCCGGCAACCCUGCCUCGAGCACGUCGUCAACUACACCAGCAACGCGGCGCUGGGGCCGCGCGACGAGCUCACGGCGUCGGUGAGGAAGGAGCUGGCCGUCGCCCUGAAGGAGCUGCUGGCCCACGGCCUCUUCUCGCCCUCCCAGACCAUGGGCCUGGUGCUGGCGCCCAUCUCCUGCCUGCUGCCGUACACGCUGGCGCCGCAGACCGUGCACCCGUGGGAGCUCUUCGUCCGAUACUACGACUCCAAAAACGGCAAAGCCUUCGCGGAGACGCCGGCGCGCCAGCUGUCGCAGUCCUUCGGUCUGCCCAUAGGGGGCGGCGGCGGCCCGGCGACCGUCACCCCCAAGCAGUCGCUGCUGUGGGCCGUGCACACGGUGCUGAAGGAGCACAGGCGCUACAAGCGCGGCCCGGACACGGAGUUCAAGGCGCUGGUGUGCAUGGCGCUGAACGAGCAGCGGCUCGUGUCGUGGCUCAACCUGCUGUGCAAGUCGGGCGCCGUGGUGCAGCCGCACUACCGGUCCUGGAGCUACAUGGCGCAGACCGGCUUCGAGGGAGCGCUGCGCAUCCUGGGCCGCAUCAGCCACCUCAAGUUCAACCUCCCGGUGGACCUCGCCGUCCGGCAGCUGAAGAACAUCAAGGACGCCUUCUGAGGAGGCGGACGUAUCCACGACGACAUCCAAAGCGCCGCAGAGAUCCAGUAUCCGGGACCCAAAAAAAACAGCAUGCCUCGUGUGCUCCAAGUGUGUAACCUUUUUUGUUUUUUUAAAAAGGUUAUUUCAGUAGCGACCCAUCUCAAAGCACGCGACGUCUUCGGCACGCGCUCGGGGGUGAUGGCGUCGCGUGAGCUUCCACCGUAAAUGUGUUUUAAAAAGAUGCCAAAAAACGACGACGGCGCCGCCGCUCGUCCUGUAAACAUGCCUUAGGGUGGAGAUGUGAGGUCUCCUCCCGUUUUAGCGAAAGCCUUCCUGACCUUUUCCGACCUGUGACAUCAUAACGUGUCGCUCCCCUGUGCGGCGUGCAUGACGGCGUCCCAACCUAUGCAGCUGAGAGAGAGAGAGAGAGAGGGGGGGGGGACGUGUACAGUAAUCUGUACUGUGACGAGCCCAAAAACCCGACACUGGUUUUCUCCGUGAAUCCCUCGUAGCAGAUCGGCGGAGCUCUGCCGACUUGGAGUUAAAGCGUUGCGUAACAUCGUUUCCGAAACUCGCCAAGACGCCUCCCGGCUCCUCCCAUUUUUUUUUUAGAAACCUCCCGAAGCCGCUUUCACCUCUUGCGCUGCGUUUUCAGGUGCGUCGGACCCCCGUGAGAACCGCUGCUUUGGAACGUUCCAGAUGUAGUCCGAGGAUUAGAAUAUAAAUGGCGGCGAUAUCGAACGAUGUAACAGCUUGGCGUGUAACGCGAUCGUAGGAUAUAUAUAAAAAAAAAGGCUUUUGUUUCGUUUUCCGUUUUUAUCUUCCGGAGACGGAAGAGUUGCACGAAUCUUUCUAUCUUUAAAAUACUGAAUGUACAAAACCAUAGAUGCUGUUAAACUGAGUUUAUAGCUGCUGUUUAUGGGCACUUCAGUGACGCUGUGUGUACCUGUGAGUGUAGGUGUGCUCGUGGAAGAUGACCCCCCGCCCCUCCCCUAACUGUGCACUUUGUGACCUGAGAGCACCUGGAGAUACAUUUUUAGCAUUUAUUGUACGUCGCUGUGUCAAUGGAAAUGUUUGUGUUUGGUUUGGGUGUCGUCAUAAAUACGCUGCCAUAUUUAUAUUUAGCUUCCUACGUUCCCAUUUCUGUUAUUUAUUUAUUUAUGGCGCAGCAUGUUUUAACUCGCCUCCCGAAGCAGGUUGAACACUUUGUUAAAGUAGCUAGAAAUACACCGAGUCAUGUAAAUUUUUGCUAUUUAUGUUGUUUUUAUUGCUUUAAUCACAAAUAAUAUAUUGGGAGGUAUGAAUUGUUUAUUUUCUCUUCUUUUUUUAUCAUGUUCAAUGCAUACCUACGGCUGUAAACAAAUUAAAUUCAGUAAAUUAACCGCUGUACUUAUGUGCGAGUCUUUUUUUCAGCUUUAUAGAAAUUUAGAAUUAAAAUGUUAGAUUUGUUGAAUAUUUCAACUUUAUUUUGUGACCGGACAUCCUGAAACAUGUAUUGUAUUUCUUAAAUGAAAAUAAACUAUUCAUCAGUUUCAAUAUAUGAACAAAAUAAAAUAAAGUGCAUACAUAAUCUAAAUUGUCUUUAGUGAUCAAAAUAACUCCAGAGUGUUGUGUAUAAACAUGUUUAUUGUGUCUCAUAUGAUGUCACAUGUGUUGAGAUCAUUAACUAUUUUUAAAUAAAAUAUAAAACA